AUGGAAAAACCAGCUUUUGUUGAGAAAAAAUGUCUCGCGGACAGCCGAUUCUCUGGCAGCUACGAUGGCGAGAGCGAAAGCUCCGUCGAAUUCCUCCCCCCUCGACAGGACUACGCAGAGCAGGUGUCCAGAAAAAGGCGCAGAACGUAUUUCAGCGUCAUCAUUGGUCUCAUAGCCUUAGCCAUCUUCGCCAGUGUCAUCAUUUACUUUGCCGUUCGCUCGCGGGGUUCCGGACAGGCAGAUCCGCCUAUCUGGGUGACAAAGUAUCAGCGCCAGAAGCUGCAACCUAUGAAUCUUGCCGAGGCAGAUGUCGCAUUUACCUGUUUACCGAAUGGAAAUGGCUUGUUGUACCUUACAGAUGAGGUCAUUAAGAGUAAGAGGCUACCGGCUGGCCUGCCGAGCGGAGAUGGCGGGAACAGACUCUACGGCAUGGCCUGGGCCCACGAACUCUACUGUCUGGCGACCCUGCGAACGGAGCUGAAAGGUCUCAUGGAGAAUUCGAGUAGGCUCAAUCUGCCGAUUCAAAUGCAAAACGAAGAACAUCGAGGGCGCACCAAUCAGAUUCACCAAUGCUUCGAUUAUUUACGACAGAAGAUCUUGUGCGCAGCAGACACAACGUUGGAGUAUCCGACUGGAGACGACCCAGAAGUCAUCGAUGGAUACGGCAUUGAGCAGGAAUGCGGUGACUGGAACCCCAUGGGCCUGUGGUACGAGCGCAACCAUCCUGUUGCCCUGCAUAAUUUCACCGGUUUCGGUCGCUAUCUCAAAUUUCCCCACUGGGCAGAAGAGACCAAAAAAGACGGAGCAUUAGCAUGA